UGCAUCUGUGCUUUGAUGUUCAGUAUAGUUGGUGACAGUGAUACAGAUUCAGAUAGUUCAUCAACUACACUCUCCUCGUCAUCUUCAGCAGUAUCAGAAGAAGAUGAUCGUCUAAAUGAGAAGGAUAAUAGAGCACCCUGUAUUAGGACAAAGGAUGAGUUGCCUAUUGAUAAAUUGCCUCCUGUUGAAGACUUAUCAAUAAUUCUUCCAGAUGAUGUUGAGCUGAAGCUCUUUGGGACAGUUUCCAGCAUCGUUGAGCAGCUAGUAAUAAUCGAAUCACUGAAGGGCCUACCUCCGAUAAAUGAGGAAAGCAUAAUUUUUAAAGAAGAUCGGCAAGUAGCAGGAAAGAUAUUUGAGAUAUUUGGUCCUGUUUCACAUCCUUUUUAUGUGAUGAGAUUUAACAGCUCUGAGCAUAUCAAAGAGAGAGGUAUUAAUGUGCAAGAUAGCAUGUAUUUUGCUCCAUCAGUUAAGGACUUCACCCAGUAUAUAUUUGCAGAGAAACUAAAACAGGAAAAAGGUUCAGAUGCAUCUUGGAAGAACGACCAAGAACCACCACCUGAAGUUUUGGAGUUCAGUGAUGAUGAGAAAGAAAAGGAGGCAAAACAGAAGAAAAAGAAGCCUCACAGUCAAGGAAGAAAGAAAGUCAGAUCAGAAACACUUCCAUCAAGUGAGAAUAAAGAAUUUCAUCAGUCAGUGCAACAGCCUGCUUCAAGUUACGCAAGAGGAUACCACGGCAGAGGGUUCUUCAGGGAUGUGUGUCCUCCUCCAUCAGGCCCUCGAGGGUUUUUCAGGCCCCAAGUAAGACCACCACAGCUGUACUCUUCAGACAGGAGGAUAUACCAGGAAUCACCAGUGUUUCCACCACCUUAUAGAAAAGAAUAUCCAAUGAUGCAACAGUAUGCCUUUCCUCCUCCAGAUUUUGGUUAUGUCAGUGAUGGGUAUCAAUUCCACCCUCCACCUUCAAACAUGAAUAUGAUGUGGACAGGCCCAAACAUGUACAAUUCAUCCUACUCAUUUCUGUCACUGCCGCCACCACCACCGCCACCACCACCGCCGCCACCUCCUCCAGACUGCCACUCUCCUCAGUUCAGGCCUUACUAAGAUUCCAUGUGUGUCCAUGUAGAGCCCUGCAGUUUACAGGAGGAAAGAACAGCCUGCCAGGACUGCAUUCCCUUAUUCUGGAGAUGGUUUCUUUUACUGCAGCAGUAGAACAAAUGCAGAGUUUUGUGCUUUGUGGGACAUCUGUAGAAAAUUAUUUUUUUCUGUAUAUGUUACCUGUUUCCAAAAAGAAAUUUAUAUGAUAAAAGUAACUGAAUAUUAAGUAAUGGUUUAUUUUUAUAGUAUCUGCUACUUAAAGAUGAUAAAUAAAAGCCUUUUGGACACUGGUA